AAAGUCCCCAGCAGUCCGAGGAAACGGUGAAGAAGUACCACAACAGCGUUCAAGCAAUCCCGAUAGCACAUCCUUGGUUCGCGGAAGAAGAAACAGUGCAGAGCAGUGCAAUAACCACCCUUUUGCGCCCCUUCGCCCUUAGUAGCCAGUAGUAGUGCCAGACAAUUGCUGUAAUUCAUUUGUCGCGUUCAAGUGAAAGGGAGGGCGAUGCGUGUAGGCGAACGAGCAAUGGCCGCGGUCAUUCAUUAAAAGGAAAGACACGGCAACGGCAGCGAUGGUAGCUUUGAUUAGCCAGCCAUCAGCACCAGCACCAGCACCAGAGCAGAGUGAGGGCAAACAAGUCGACCUCUUCCAAAGCAACGUCCGACACCCAUCCGCACGCCAUUAUUGCUGGGAUGCUGCCGCAGUGAUGUGCUGUGGCUGUGCUCCGUGUUAAUCAGUGCGUGCAGUUCGCCCGAGAGAGAGAGAGUCGGGCAGCCGAAAUCUAUCCUAGGGCCACAACACGAAUUGCUACAAAAAAAAGUGUAAACUCGGAACCAGCGGGAGGAAAAAGUUUUUCUAGUUUUCUGUUAGUCACACUCUUUCGGGAGAACAAACCCCGGGCUCGAAUGUGCUGAUUAUCGCCCGACGCUUACCGGAACGACCCCGGAACAUCCAAAGAUAGUUAAAGGUACCAAAGGAAUAAUCCCUGACACCAACAAGCGCCAAAACGCGUAAGCAACAAGCUAUGCCACCACUGAACAGCUUCAACGGGAACGGUGGAGAUGCAGGUGGAGAACGAGGAGGAGGAGACCGAGGAGGAGGAGGAGAAGGAGGAGGACGAGGGGAAAGAGUUGGAUGUGGAGAUAUUAUCUGCUCGCUGGGAUCGGUAUCCGCUGGACAAUCCACAUCCAUUGUCCCGACAAACGAUCUCUCGCAGACAACUGGUGGUGGUGGUUUGGGGGCGGUCAGCUCAACAACCAAACCGAGGUUCACCUGUCCACAUUACGCACAGAAGGUGCUACUGAACCUGAACGCACUGCGGCUCGAUAAACGGUUUUGUGACGUUGAAAUCCGUGCCAGCGGAACUACGGUGCACGCCCAUCGGGCAGUGUUGAGCGCGAGUUCGGCAUACUUCGAGGCCAUGUUCCGACCGGAGCUGGGACUGAGUGAAGGGAAGCAGCGCUCCGUUACGCUACACUCGAUCCGGGCCGACAUUCUCGAGCUGCUGAUUGGCUUCAUCUACACGGGACAGAUCGAAAUCGAACAGAGCAACGUUCAGGAGCUGCUGGCGGCCGCCGAUAUGCUGCAGGUACCGGAGGUGGUCGACGGUUGCUGUGAGUACCUGUGCCGGGAGCUACAUUCAACGAACGCAUUGGGUAUUCUGCGGUUCGCUGAGGCCCACAAUUGUCGCCAGUUGGCCGAGGUGGCGUCCAACUUCGUGUACAGCAACUUCCCAAAGGUGGCGCUCGAGGACGAGCUGCUGGAUGUGCCGUAUGCGCUGCUGGUAAAGGUGAUCGCUUCGGAAGCACUCCGGGUCGAUAGCGAACAUCAGGUGUUUAAUGCGGCGCUGCGAUGGAUACGCCAUGAUGUUGUCCCACGGCGACAGUACGUGUUCGAGAUACUGUCGCACGUUCGCAUCGCACUCGUUCCCGUCUCGUUGAUCGAUCAGGCAAUCGGAGAGUGUCGGGAUGUUUCGCUGAAGAUUGCGCUACGCUCGGUGCGCAAGGAUUUGACGUCGCGCCGGGGUCAGCUCGUACCGUUGCGUGUCUGUCCACGCGUGUGCGCUAAAAAGAGCAUCUACGUGAUCGGUGGAUCACGCCGGGAACAGUCGGCUGGCUGGACACCAACGGAUUGGAUCUUUGAGUCGGUGAUCAAGUAUGAUAUUUUUGCCCGCGAGUGGACGGAAUCGGCACCGAUGGAGAUCGGUCGGAUAUUGCCGGGUGUGGCGGCUCUGGGGGGCAAGAUUUAUGUGAUCGGUGGCGAGCGCGGUAGCCAGAUACUGGCGAAUGGGGAAGUGUACGACACGCAGAACAACAACUGGGAACCGAUGGCACCGAUGAAUGUGCCGCGGUGUGAGUUUGGACUCUGCACGCUCGGUGGUACACUGUACGCGAUGGGUGGCUGGAUUGGGGAAGAUAUCGGUGGUUCGAUCGAGUGCUACGAUCCCAUGCGCAACGCAUGGCGCAUGGUGGGAGACCUGCCAGAACCAAAGUUUAGCAUGGGUGUCGUAAGUUUUGAAGGUUUGAUUUACAUCGUCGGUGGAUGCAAUACUCACUCGAGAUAUUUAACGGAUCUUAUAAGCUACAAUCCGGUGACUAACGAAUGGACAAAGCUGGCGCGCAUGCAGACGGCCCGCUGCCAGAUGGGAGUUGCCAUUCUAGAUCGGCAUCUGUAUGUCGUCGGUGGUAAUAGCAGCCAGCAGGAGGUGCUGCGUACCGUCGAGCGAUAUAGCUUCGAUGAGGACAAGUGGUCGAUGGUUUCUCCGAUGACGGUGCGCCGUUCAAGCCCUGCAGUAGCCGCUGCCGAUGGUCUGCUGUACGUCGCUGGUGGUGAUCAACCGUGCGAAAUCAACUUUUACCGUGCGCAGAUCACGAUCACCUCGUUCGAGUGCUACGACCCGAUCGCUGAUCAGUGGAAAGUCUGUCCGGAUCUGCCGACCAGCCGCUCUGAAGCGGGCGCAGUCGUCGUUUAGGUGUGAGCAGCAAUCCAGCAGCACAGCAGCACAGUAUUCUCAUAUCUUCUUCCAUCCAUCGAUAAUAGCGCCGGAUAGAAAGCAAGCGAUACGAACGUACGAACCAGCUGUGUAGUGCCGAGACGUUUCUAAGAUUGUACAUGCGCUCCCUCCAUUCCUGUGUCGUUGCGUGCGGAACGGUAAGGGAGCGCAUAUUUUUUUACAUCCUGUCUAUAAGCAACAGCGCCGAUUUUAAGUGGAUGAUACAGAGCCGCUUGUUGUAUUCGUUGUGUCUUAUAUCCAUAUCUUUUUUUUUUUUGGUAUUCUCCUGUAGCACUCUCUUGGUUUCCGUUCGUAUGCCAUAGGCAGUCAAUCCGCGCACUUUUUCAUCGUUGCAAUAAAGAACUAUUUUAUCAGAAACAACAA